GUGGGUCUGCAGGCAAAGGGAGAAGAUGGCGGCGCUUGGGGAACCUGUGCGACUGGAGAGGGAUAUUUGUAGAGCAAUUGAAUUGUUGGAAAAACUACAGAGGAGUGGAGAGGUACCACCACAGAAACUUCAGGCUUUACAGCGAGUCCUUCAAAGUGAAUUCUGCAAUGCUGUAAGAGAGGUGUAUGAACAUGUCUAUGAGACUGUGGACAUCAGUAGCAGCCCUGAAGUAAGAGCUAAUGCGACUGCAAAGGCUACUGUUGCUGCAUUUGCUGCCAGUGAAGGACAUUCUCAUCCUCGAGUUGUUGAGCUACCAAAAACAGAAGAAGGCCUUGGAUUCAAUAUUAUGGGAGGCAAAGAACAAAACUCUCCAAUCUAUAUAUCUCGAAUAAUUCCAGGUGGAAUUGCUGAUAGACAUGGGGGCCUCAAGCGAGGAGAUCAGCUCCUUUCUGUUAAUGGAGUGAGUGUUGAAGGAGAGCAUCAUGAAAAAGCUGUAGAACUGCUGAAAGCAGCUCAAGGAAAGGUUAAAUUAGUGGUGCGGUACACACCCAAGGUCUUAGAAGAAAUGGAGUCACGCUUUGAAAAGAUGAGAUCAGCAAAACGCAGGCAACAAACCUAAUGCAGUUAAAAACUUUAUAUUCCAUUUUGCUUUUAGCUAGAGAAGUUUUACUUGUGACCUACUGAUGGCUACAAUGCCAAUGAUUGUAAAAAAACAAACUUCCCAUGAAAUCCUCCCUGCCAUUUUAUACCUGCCUGUUUUAACAUCACUUAUGGUUCCAGAGAUGCAUACUCUUUUUUCUGACAAGAAAAAGUAAAAAGGUGAUGAGGGCAAUUGUGUCCUGCUGUUUUUACAGGCCUUUUUCAAAUGCAGAUUUUGUCAUAAAGUUGUUAUAGAUUUUUAAAAAUGCUUUUUUAAUAUUCAAAUGUACUUUUACAUUCUUAAUCUUUUUUUAGGGAAAAAAAGUUUUCUUUAUUUGGCUGCUUAUUUAAAAAUAACAGUUCUCCAUACUUUGUUUGCUUUAUUUUUCUUUAACCUACAACAUUUCUUUAUGAUUUUCCAAGAAAUUACACAUGACAGUCUCAGCUACAGCAGUUCAUCACACUGCUAAUGUUAAUUAACAUCGCUGCUGCGUUUUGUAUCUGGAACACACACUAUGUAUAAUCAAUGGUAAAUUAUAACCCAGCACAGUGGAAGUUUUUUACUUUUAUUUAAACAUACUAUAUAAUGAAUACUCAUUUAUACUGAUUUAUAAAAGUUUUUAAACACUGAAACAAUCAUUGCUAAAAUAUGUAUUCUUUCAUAAUAUUUGAGCAGUGAGGCAGGAGAAUGUAAUUUGAUUGUUAGCAUUACUGAUUACAUCUCUCUUUAUAUUCAGCAGUGUAUCGUAAAUUACAAAUGCAAAAGAGGUUUAGGUUUUAUCUUUUGCAAAUUUUUUUAAUGCUACUCAUUUUUAUUUAAAUAUACUUCUUAUAUUUUGGUCCUUCCGUUCCUAGAAGUGAGCCAGUUAGUUUGUGGUGGGAGAUAGCAAAGAAGAAAAAGUAAUACUUUAACCUCACUCAAGAGUUAACAUCUCUUAAGUAGCUCAAUUUAAAGAAUUGAUGCUAAAUAAGAAAAAGAUAGAAGGUAUGUUUAAGACAUAUAGAGAUUGUAAGGUGAUGCAUUUGUAAGAAUCUGCAGACUCUUGUCAAAAUGAGUAGGAACUCAUUCAUAUUAAAAUGGUUGGAUUUAGAGAUGUGAUCUUUGUUUAUGAUUCAAAUAUAAUGAUGAGAAUUCUGAGAGAUACUUUUCAUUUGUCCACUGGAUGUCACUGUUCUACUGAAAGGCAGCUAUUAGUGGAUGACUGUGACAGGUCUUUUUAAAGGCAGAAGUUAAAGAACUAAGGUUCAUUUGUAUGGCUUUUUGAAAUUUUAAGUGACAGGUGCUAGAAAGAAAAAGUGGAUUAAAAUAUAUAAGGAAUUCAGUAUAAUUAUCAACCCUGUGCAAAGAGUGGGCAUUUUGUAACAUUCCUUCUGGAAGAAUGGAAAUGUGUUAUCUUUUUCUGCAUGUUUGUGAGCACUGUGAGUCUUAAAAGAUUAUUCCAGUUUUCAAUGAUUUUUCAGAAUACAAGUCAAUCAGCAUUGUUAUUUAUCAUUUAGGUAUUGAACACUGGAUUGCAUGGUUGAAUGUGUCUUUAGUCCACUGCAAAAUGUGCUUGUUCUUGAUAGGAUCAUGUUGUUAAAUUGUAUAUUUCCAAAAUUAAUUGAUGUUUUAAAAUGUUGAGACCAAAGUAGUGUAGAAGAAUUAUGGACUUAAUUUAAUUGUAAAAUUAUUAAAGGUAUUUGUUGUAGAGCUUUAUAUAUUAAAGAGAUGUGUUGGUGCAUAUGAAAACAGUACUGUUACUGUUAUGCUCGUGUUCUUGCAUUGCUGGUAAACCCUGAGGAAAUCUUAUUUUAGUAUUGCUGCAGCUGCAGUAGCUUCUAAGGGUGUGUCAACAUUUCAUUAUAAAUUAUAGCUUCCUGGUUCAGUAUCUCAGCUGUUUCAGAACAUUCAGCCAAGUUAAAUCUUUUUUGGUGUUGAAACUUAGUAAGUUGAGUAAGCUAUUUUUUUUUCCUUCUACAGUAAUCCACAAUCUGUUCUUUGUGUGGGUUGGCACUUAUUUAUAAUUCUUAAAAUAUGGGUAGCUUAAAAGAGCCAAAUACAGUAGUUUUGCUUGCUCCUGUUCAGCAUGAGUAGCAGUAGUUUAUUUUCGUUAAUGCAGUUUUCAUAGUGUGUCCCAGAAUUUUAAAUCCUGACCAUACAAGAAUUCAGUCAUUCGGUGGCAAAGAUGUACAGUAGUGGUCUAGUAUCAUGAGGAAAUGAAGGGAAUUUUCAUCUUAUAAAUGUAUGAUUCAUGAACAUAACUAGGCACAUAGUGUAUAAUAGGUGUUUGAUUUGUAAAUUAUAAAUAUAAAUUGUCUUCCCUCUCCAGUUUCCAUUUAUUUUCUUGGUUUUUCCAAAUGAGUUGACUCAGUGAUUCUCAGCCUCAGCUGCACAUUAGAACACCCUGCAGACCUUUAAAACAUGGUGACACUGAGUCCCAUCCCACACCAACUAAAUCAGAAUCUUUGAGGUGGGGCCAGAUGCUUGUUUUUUGGCUUUUUUUUUUUUUUUUUUAAGCUUUCUAGUUGGUUCUAAGGUGCACCUAGGGUUGAGAACUACUAGUUUACCCCUUUGUAAAAUGCUCUAAGUACACUGGACUCUGGAAGUAUCAGAAUAGAAUAAUUCAAUUUACAGCUACUGUUAAAUAGCUGUAAAUGUAAUGAUUGGUUAUAUUUCUUAGUAAUUUCUUUAGGAAUAAAAGGUACAUGGCAUUCCUUAUUUGGAAAGUAAUUACAGUCUACCUUUUUCUUCCUUCCUCCCUCCCUCCUUCCUUUCGUCCCUUCCUCCUGUCAGUAGUUUAAAUGUAAACUUUCAAUAUCUGUCACCUUUCUGCCCCCUUUGCCUUUAAAACCUAUAAAAAUAAAUAUUUAUUGUUAAAGAAAGCAUGUUUAAAAAUUGCAGAUGAGAAAUAUUGUUGUUGAUAAUUACGUGCUGUCUUAAUAUGGCCACUUUAUCCAUUAGUGUCAUACUAGAUUAUAGUGGCCUAGUGCUUUGAGGUUUGAGAAUUCAGAUGUGUUUUUUAAAAAGUCACUGUCUUCCUCUUCUAAAUUUUUGAAAGUUACUUUGCUCGAGGACUUAAAUAAUUUGGCUCAAAUACUUUGUUUACAAUAUAAAUGGAUAUUACAGCAUUUAAUAGAAGAAAUGGCUAUGGCUUAUCUGAAAAGAAUGUCAGCAUGACUUGGUGUAGACUUAAAAGAAUAUAUGUUGUGAAUAUUUUAUAAUGUGGAAUGAUCAUUGAAAUAUCAAGGACUCCAGUAAUUGUAUUUCUUGAAUAAAUGUAUGUUUAUGAAUUUCCUAACUUA